AUGAAAGCCCGAAGUGGUGUGCAGGUGAGACAGUCAACCUCGGAUCCGUCUUGUCCAGCCAAUUUCGUGUGCAAGACCACCCAGUGCCCUGGCAAUGUGCUAUGCUCCUCGGGUGAGGACUGUAUUAAUGUUGACGGUACUCUGGCGUGUGUCGACAGCAAAGCCAAGGUGUGCGCUUUGAACCCUGAUACCCUAGAAGCCGUGCUUUGUCCCGAGGGUAAGGGUGUUUGUUGCCAUGGGAACUGCUAUACGGAUGAGGCCGUCUGCUGUGACUUCCCCAAUGUCAAGUGUGCCGUCGGGGAGCUGUGUGCGAAUGUGUGUCAGCCAGGUCAGGUAUGCGGCCGUAGUGGCUGUGAAGGCGGCCAUGCUUCAUCGUCGACAUCCCAUCUGAUCGGUCCUACGUCUUCGAACAAUGUCCGAAGCCCGAGCUCUAGUAAAGUCCUUGUGCCAACGAGUUUGCAGUCCAAGUCCCUGGCUGUACCUCCAACAACCACGUCGUCUGCUACUUCUGCCCCGAUCAGCGGUCCCACACAAGUCCCAUCUACCAACGGCUUCAAACUGAAGGGCUGCUUUAUUGACAAGUCGAAUGAUCGCGUGUUAAAGGAUGGUACAAAGAAGGAUUCCCUCAUGACAGUUGAAAAAUGCACUGAGUCGGCAGAGGACUGGCGUUAUGCCGGUCUAGAGUCUGGCAGUCAAUGCUUCUGGGGCAAUGUCCAAUUCAACGAUCAGAUCUCUGAUGCCAAUGAUUGCAACAUCGCCUGCGGCGGAGCGAAGUCGGAAGCUUGCGGUGGCGAGAACCGAAUCUUGCUCUAUGAAAACCCAGACUAUGUUGACCCAACCAAUGCUAUCUAUGUUCGCGACUUGAAAGAUUGGAGAGAGGAGCUGGACAAGAUGCGAGGCUUAAUUACCGAGUUUUAUAAACUUGUCAUUAUAUACGUUGGGCAGAGCCAUGACGAGCCUGGCAAGCGAACUGCUAAACGGGCACCUCCAGGCAGUCUUCUAACGCAGAUUAUGAAUGCCCGCAACGCAGUCAGUUCUGCACGCCCGGUACUCUCUUCUGCAAGCAACCUGGUGCUCAGGGCUGCUGGUAGAGCUAGGGCAGCUCGAGUGAUUGAUGGGAACGAAUAUAUUGAAUUGACCAGCAUAUCCAGUCGCACCGCCUCAGCAGCCGAAGCAGUAUCGGCAGUUGAUGUAAGCAGCCCUGCCACCAUCAGAACCGCUUCCAGAGUUGCCACGCAAGCAAUUACCGUGUUUGGAGCCUCUGAAAUUGUUAUUGCAGGCGUCGUCACUCUGCAAGCUGUUGGAAUUUUUUUCACUCUGUUUCAGUUCAUCGCCCGCCAUGAAAAUGAUGGCAAUCCUGUCCCGACCAGCACUUCGAUAAUGCCUUCGGGGACGCCGACAAUGCCUUCCGGGACGCCUACAACUACAAGUAGUUCGAAGCCAUCACCAACUGGAGUGGCUAGAACGCGUAUCGUCACCUUCACUGAGGACAUGACAUCUGCUCAGUUUUAUGCGACCAUAGCUGCUUUGGUCUUAGCUGGAAAUGAAAUCACCGACUUAAUUUCCCUUGAUAAGCCGGUAUUUUAUGGGUUUUUAGGAAACCUCUAUGACUUGGAUACUUUACUUCUAUCCAAACAUCCGUUGAUUGCUGGCCUCGGCCUCAACGGCAUGGGACGCAUCGACGACCUAGACUUGCGCACGCCAGGACCAAACACGGGGGCUGGCCAAGCCAACGAGUCUGUAUCUACCUCAUCAAAGCAGACCAGAGGUCGUGUCACAGAUCAAGCUGUAAACAGUGAAGCAAAUUCAUUGGCCAAUAGCUCCAUUCUUCUAGGCCGGGAUCUCCAGCCAGUCAAUGCAAUUGAGGAGACCGUGCGGUACAAAGACAAAGCUACUGGGGCCUGGAGGGUUUUGGAUCAGGAACCGUUUGCUCUGCAGUGGCUCGGCAGUUUGUGGGCACAAAAUGCUCUAACGGGUAACUAUGUCGGCUACAGCCACGCCCUUAUUGAUAAACAAUUAACAAAGCGCGUUCCCGUGUAUGUUAUGGACACUGGUGUUGAUCGGGAUCACGAGGAUUUCAAGGGUCCCAAUCCUCAAGCUUUCAAUUUCCACAUCGAUGUCACAGAACCCAAUGGGAAUGGAGAUGACGUAUUCGGCCAUGGUACUGCGAUGGCUGGCUGUGUUGCCGGCAACAUUGGUGGAACCUAUAAGUUCGCUGAACUCGUUCCUGUUAAGGUGGGGUUGAACGAUGGGACUCUACCAGCAUGGAAUGCUAUAAAGGGCAUAGCGCAGAUACUGGCGCGACAACAGGCCAUUGGCAAUCCAGGGAGCGUUGUUUCCAUGUCCUUUAGCUUCACGACAUCAGCACUGCGCGACGUCUUCAUCCAGGUUGGGUACGAGCCUUUUCUUCCCCUGUUGCAGAGGUUACCGCGCCACAAUGUCGUCAUUGUUAUGUCGGCUGGAAAUCUUCCCAAUGAGCCCAUCGGAGCUAAAGUGCCGCAAAUAUUUGGUGGUAUGUCAACUCCCUUGAUAAUAGUUGGGUCAACGGAUGCGAACGGCCAUCGGUCGCAAUUUUCGAGCUAUAUUGACGAGAAGCAUCGCGGACUUCUAUCUCUUUAUGUUAUAGGUGAGGCAAUAGUCGAACCAAAUUCUGGAGGUGGCUAUUCUCGCAGGUCAGGAACCUCACCUGCCGCCGCCAUGGUAGCGGGCAUGGCUGCCAGGCUUAUUGCAGCCAACGUUGCACCAGCAGCGAUCAAGUCCCAACUUAUACGUGAAGGGAUUCAGCUCAAAGGAAAUGACUGGGAUUUCGACGACGGAUUUCCUGUCGCCCGUGGAGGCAUAAAGAACCAGGUUCCUUGUUCAGAUCCUGUGCUACCCCCUCUUGCAACUCCCACGUACACAGUUUACCAAGAGGGAAGUAAUGUUGUGCUGGACAUCACUGCGAACUUCGCCUCACCUGGAGCUGCGACAUCUACUUGCUAUGACGUUGUUUUUCAUACUCCAGCGAUAUUGCCUACAGUCACGAGUGCCGCAACUUAG